GGUCGGUCCAAAACCCCGGUGUUCAAAAUUCUUCUGUGUCCAAAUUCUUCUUCUUUCUGCAAUAAUAAUGAAUUAUAAAUUUUCCUAUUAUGUAUUUCUCAUUUUUACCAAUUCUCGAUCAGCCUCAAAUUUUGAGAAUAUCGAUAUUUUAAUUUAUUUAUAUUUUCCCAAUUAUUAUUAUUUUUCUAUUGUGUAUUUCUCAUUUUUACCAAUUUUCUUUCAAACUCGAAUAUUGAGAAUAUCGAUAUUUUAAUUUAUUUUUAUUUUUCCAAUUAAUAAUAUUUUUCUAUUAUAUAUCUCUCAUUUUUAUCAAUUCUUGUUUAGUCUAGAAUAUCGAGAGUAUCGAUAUUUCGAACCCGAUCACUGCUUGUAUCACUAGUUCUCAAUUGAAUUUCGAACAGUGAUGCCAUUUAUAGCGUGAAUAUUGUGCAAAAUCGAAAUAUUUUUUAUUGUUUUUAUUGCAAAAAUACAUAAAAUUAGAUAACGCGCCAUACAUAUUCGUGAAUCGGAAUUAAAAACGAAUUUUUUAAGACAUUUCCCGUGAAAAUUGGUGCACGUUUUCGGAAAAGCCGCUCUCCUGAACAUUUACCCAGCUUUUUUACACGGUUGUGGUUAUAACACUAUAACUGAAUUUUUACUGGCGUAUGUGAACAUAGUGUAACAAGAGAAGUAGAUAUUUAUUGGCUGUGGAGACGCGGAAUAAUAUUUCUGAAUAUAGCUCAGGACUCUUAAAAAGUGGCGCCAAUAUAACUAAUUCCAGUAAAUUUAUCAAUAAUAAAAUGGAUAUAUCCGUUAGUUCAUCAACAACUCAGAAUGGUGCAAGCGGAGGUGGCGCUGCGGCUGAAGGUAUAGCUCCUGUUUUUAUUAAACAAAUCUUAUAUUCGCCUGAGGGGAAUUUUAGCUUAUAUGGGAUAACUUUUGGAAUGGUAUCAUGUGUAUGCAUAGUUCGUUCUAUUGAUGUUUCUUCUACAAAAAUUACAUAUUGCUUGGAGGACCAUUCAGGUCAGAUAGAAGCACAUUACUGGCUAGAAGAAGGUGACUCAACCAAAGCUCCUGACAUUAUGCUCAAUCAUUAUGUCAAGCUGUUUGGUAGUGUAAGGACUCAAGGCUCACAGAAAAUGUUAAUGGUUUUUAAAAUGAUUGCAAUAAUGAAUUCUAACGAAGUUUGUACUCAUAUAUUGGAAGUGCUGAAUGCUAGGUAUAAAUCUGAAGAAUUUGCUAGUAAAGGAAGUGACACGUACCCUACAAAUGUUGAUUCGAUGAACUUUAACUCCAAGACCAGUGGAGAUGAUUCCCUUGGUUUGGAAGGAAAACAGCUGGCAGUUUUACAAGCCGUUAAGAACAAUAUAAGUACGGAAGGUAUCAGCCGCAAAGAAUUGCAACAAAAAUUCAAUCAUAUCAGUGGAAAUGAACUAAACUCCCUUAUCGAGUUUUUGAUAUCAGAAGGUCAUAUAUAUUCCAGUUUCGAUGCAGACCAUUUUGUUAGUUCGGAGUAACUUUGUAAUUACUUACAAUUUAAUAAAUUUAAAAAUAUUCUUUAAUUUAAAA